GCUGACCUAACACCAACACUAACACUCACAUGGAUACCUUUACAUAUACGUGUUUUUAGGUUUGAAAAGCUUAAGGGACUUCCAACCCAAAUAUUCUUUCACAUUUUUCUUAACCAAUAUUUCUUUUCCUAAACACAACACACACACGAUAUGGGCGAUCACACGAUAAACAAAGUUUAUCCGGUGGCAGAUGCGAAGAGUGGGGUAACACCAGCUCAAGCAUCAUCAAGCCUCGGCCACCACCUAAGACCGCCAUUGGAGCCACCACAACCACCACAAACAAAAAACAUGCACGCACAUACACAAACAACGGGAGAUCAGAAAAUAAACAAAAUUCAUUCAAUGGCAGAUGGGAAUACCAAGAGUGCCAUAGCACCGCCUCUCAACCACCACCUAAGACCACCAUUGCCACCAACACCACCACCAACACACACAAAAAAACAAAAGAGAUCUUCAUGUUGCAAAUGCAUAUGUUGGACACUAUGCAUACUGAUCACUCUGUUGGUUAUUUUUGCAGCCAUUAUUGGCAUAUUGUACCUCGUAUUUAAACCAAAGAUACCCAACUACUCUGUCGACCGCUUGACAAUAUCCCAAUUAACUCUAAAUCUUGAUUUAUCCCUCUACGCAAGAUUUAACGUCCAGAUAAGCGCCACCAAUCCAAACAAGAAAAUCGGCAUUUUUUACCAAAAAGGGAGUCAUUUAAGCGUGUGGUACAAGAACACGAACCUAUGUCAAGGUUCGCUGCCCGUAUUCUACCAAGGUCACCAGAACAAAACCGUGCUAAAUGUGGCAUUAUCGGGUCAAAACCAAUAUGGGCGGACGUUAUUGGCGGCGUUACAAGAACAACAACAAACGGGUCAGAUUCCAUUAGACCUAAAAGUGGAUGUUCCGGUGAAGAUCCAACUUGGAAAACUGAAGUUGAUGAAGGUGAGAAUAUUGGGAAAAUGCAUGUUAGUAGUUGAUAAUCUGUCUGCAAAUAAUAAGAUUAGCAUCAAAGCAACUACUUGCAAGUUUAGGUUAAAGUUAUGAAAUUAACAAAUAAGAUUAUUCAUAUAUGUUUCUUUUGUUGUGUGAUUCAUGCCUUUUUGGCACCAUUUAUUUUUCUCUUUUUGGAUCUUUUUGUGAUUCAUAAUUUAUUUAAAAAAUUGAUUAAACCAUCAUUGUAUUUUCAUAUAUUUUUUUCA